AUGGCCUCAUUUGCUUCUUCCUCAUUCUCCCAAGCCCUCCGCACAGCGAGCCGUCGCUCUUCACGCGCCGUGGCCAAUGCUGCUGCCCGUCCAGUGCAGCGAGCAUCAUAUUCAGCCCUUUCUCGUGCCGCUGUCGCGAAAUCAGCAGCUCAGCGCACACAUGUCAAGGGUGCCAGAGGCAUUAAGACCCUCGACUUUGCUGGAACGAGGGAGGUUGUAUUCGAACGAAGCGACUGGCCGUUGGCGAAGCUCCAGGACUACUUCAAGAAUGACACUCUGGCCAUGAUUGGAUACGGUUCACAGGGACACGGACAGGGCUUGAAUGCACGCGACAACGGACUCAAUGUCAUCGUCGGUGUUCGUGAAGGCGGUGAAAGUUGGAAACAAGCCCAGGAAGACGGAUGGGUGCCUGGAGAGACUCUGUUCCCCAUUGAAGAGGCUAUCAACCGGGGCACAAUCAUCAUGAACCUCCUUUCCGACGCUGCUCAGUCUCAAACGUGGCCCACCAUCGCACCUUUGAUCACCAAGGGCAAGACAUUGUACUUCUCUCACGGCUUCUCUGUUGUGUUCAAGGAGGACACGAAAGUCAUUCCUCCGCCGGACGUCGAUGUUAUCCUCGUUGCCCCCAAGGGGUCUGGACGAACCGUCCGCACCCUUUUCAAGGAGGGCCGUGGUAUCAACUCCAGCGUUGCCGUUUUCCAGGACGUGACCGGCAAGGCCCAGGAGAAGGCUAUUGCCCUCGGCGUAGGUAUCGGAUCAGGGUACAUGUACGAGACGACCUUCGAAAAGGAAGUCUACUCGGAUCUGUACGGUGAACGUGGUGUUCUCAUGGGUGCUAUUCAGGGUCUGUUCCUCGCUCAGUACCAAGUUCUCCGCAAGAAUGGACACACUCCCUCAGAGGCCUUCAACGAGACUGUGGAAGAGGCCACCCAAUCUCUGUACCCUUUGAUUGGUCAGAAAGGCAUGGACUACAUGUACAAUGCUUGCUCUACAACAGCACGUCGCGGUGCCCUCGACUGGGCACCCGUGUUCGAGAAGGCCAACCUUCCCAUCUUCGAGCAACUCUACGAGAGUGUAAAGAACGGGACUGAGACGCGCAAAUCCUUGGAGUUCAAUGGACGAUCAACUUACCGCGAGGAUCUCGCUAAGGAGUUGGCUGUGAUCGACAACCAGGAGAUCUGGAGAGCAGGCAAAGUCGUUCGCUCAUUACGACCCGACUACAAGCCUGAAUCCGAGUAA